AUGAGAUCGUUCUCUGGCGGUAAGCUCAAAACACGGAAAUUUAAUAAUUACAAACAUUAUGCGACGAACCAUGCGUUCGCACCAUACUCAGACGUUUACUUAAAAGCGUUGACACAAGGCAUUUCGACCAACAGGUCGUGGCUCAGCAGAAUGAUCGCCCGGAUAUUCAAACGGGCCGAGAUGUUGAACACAAGCACAAUGCUUCACGUACUGUCGACCCUCUGGGUACGUGAACACAACCGAUUGUGCGACGAGUUGUCACAGAAGUGGCCAUUGUGGACACACGAAGAGCUGUAUACUAAGGCCAGGAAGAUUGUAACCGGUCAAAUGAUGAACAUAAUGAUGACCGAAAUCUUAAAUUUGGAACUCAGACCGGAAAUGUACGACUGUCAAAUAGAAAACAUCCGUGGUUCCGGAAAACCUAUUGAACUGUACUUUAUGAUGGCUGUAUCAAAUCUGCCAGAAAAAUUUCAAUACAGCUCAACGAAUUUGACAUCGUACAGUAACACCAGUCAAGUUUCGGAAGCUGGUUUAAAAGACGCCCUGCAAUUAAUGAUGAGUUCAAAGAUGCGCAUAGCCACGGCUCACGAUGACGGCUCCUUGACUGGACAGCUUACCAAGACACUAAUGACACUCUCGAGAGAACAAUGUUUACAGGGUUUCAAUAACUACAGAAGACGGUUAGGGCUGCCUGCUUAUAACAGCUUUUUCGAUCUGACCGGCAACGUCGAAACCGCGAUUGAAUUGGAAAAAUUGUAUAGUACCGUGGAGAAAGUGGAGUUGUUAACCGGCGUGUUGACGGAAAAAUCCAGUUUCGGAGUUCUACCCACGGCCAAAGUCCUGUCUAACUGCUUUAUCGUUAACGCAAUAUUGACGAAUAGUCUCACCUCCAAACACAUGUGGGCACCGGACACGUUCGGUGGAGUCGAAUUUUUUGACUUGGUCAAAUCUUCAAGCUUAGAGUCAUUGGUGUGUCGAAAUGUGGGCAAUUGCGACGAGUUAAAAGUUGGUCGUUACGCGAAAUAA